AUGAAAUAUCUCCUAGUGCUUGCCUUGUGCCUUACUGCAAGUCUCGCCUUUGAUAAACUGGUCAAUCCCAAUGCUUCUCCCGAGGCUCAGCGCCUCUACCAGACGCUGAUUGACAAUUACGGUAAGUUUGUCCUGUCAGGCCAGACCACUUUCCACUAUGAUGAUUUCGUGAACCAGAUCCAUGAAGUCCCAAUGGUCAGAGGCUUUGACAUGCAGAACUAUUCUCCCCACAAUCCUUGGUACAACUGGCAGCCAGCCGAUGAUGGCACCGUGGAUUCGGCUAUCAACUGGUAUCACACAACUACAAAAGGACAAGGAAUUGUUACAUUUUUCUGGCAUUGGUUUUCGCCCUUCGGAGGCCAGCUCAGGACCAGCACUUUCUAUACAAACUAUACCGAUUUUGAUGUCUCGAAAGCUGUGGUGGCAAAUACUGCAGAGUACAAUGCCACCAUGAGGGACAUUGAUGCGAUUGCAGUCCAGCUCAAGAAGCUUCAAGCCAGUAAGAUUCCCGUCCUUUGGAGACCCUUACAUGAAGCUGGAGGAAAAUGGUUCUGGUGGGGUGCCAAAGGAAGCGCUUCUGCCCUCUCACUGUACCGUAUCAUGUUCGAUCGCAUCACCGGCUACCACAAUAUCAACAACUUGAUAUGGGUUUGGAGCACUCCUGAAGCAGAUUGGUAUCCAGGAAACCUCAGAGUAGAUUUGCUUGGCUAUGACAGUUACCCUGGCAGUUACAAUUACGAUUGCUUACAGAACAUGUACAACCAGUUGAACAAGAUCGUGCAGGGCCAAAAGAUGAUAGCCAUGACUGAAAACGGCCCCAUUCCUGAAAUGGAGAACUGCCUCAGACAGGGCGUCAAGUGGGGACUCUUCAUGUCCUGGAGCGAUUUGGUCUUCUCCCAGAACAGCGUCGACCACAUCAAGGCCAUCUACGCCAAUCCCGUCGUCAAGACACUCACCCACCUUCUAGAAACCCCCACGGAGGCCUCAGCAGGGAGGAGGAAGCCAGCAGGUGAUCUUAGCCUUUUAACCUCAUAUAAUUAUAUGUAA